AGUGGGUCAGCAGACCCUGUUUGUCCUACACAGUCCCCCACAGUUUACGCUACUUUCAAAACGUUCACAGAGAGAUGCACAUGGGUUUUGGCAUGUAUAAAUAUAGCCGAUGAACUAUCAAAUUAAGGUGUAAAUUAGAGAUGGGGAUGGAAAGAUCAGCUGUUGAAUCACAUCCAAUGAAAGGCGGAACUGGGCAGCACAGUUAUGUCCAGAAUUCAUCUCUUCAGAGACGUGGCAUUGAUCUUUCACAAGGGAUGAUAAAAGAAGCAAUUGCUAAAGAAUUCAAUAUCGAAAACCAACUAAUCAAGAACCCAAACACCACUUUUCGCAUUGUUGACUUGGGUUGUUCGGUGGGAUCCAAUAGUCUCAUUUCUAUUAAUGCCAUAAUCGAAGCCAUGGAUCUCAAAUUUGAAACUUAUUUUAAAGGGACAGACCUUAAGCAAACUGCGACACCUGAGUUUCAAGUAUAUUUCAAUGACAUUGCAUCAAACGAUUUUAACACUCUAUUUGCUUCGAUUCCUUUAGAAAAGCGUUACUUUGCAGCAGGUGUACCGGGUUCAUUUUAUGGACGUUUGUUUCCCCGAGCUUCCCUUCAUUUCGUUAAUUCAUCUACUGCACUUCAUUGGCUUUCUAGAAUUCCAAAAGGGCCGACAGGUGAUAUCAACUCAGCAUGGAAUAAAGGCAGGAUACAUUAUAGUAGUGCUUCAGAUGAGGUCUUUCAAGCUUAUUCAGCUCAAUAUGUUAAAGAUAUGGAAACUUUUCUUCUUGCUCGUGCACACGAGAUUGUCUGUGGUGGAUUGUUGUUUAUUUUGGUUCCAGCCAUCGCUGACAAAACAUUAAUUUCUCAAACAAGUCCUGGUUUACUUUUGGAUGUUUUGGGAUCUUGUCUUAUGGAAUUGGCAAAAAUGGAUAUUGUGGAUGAAGCUAAAAUAGAUUCUUUCAACAUGCCAUCGUACUUAACAUCACCAAAACAAGUGAAAGAUUUAGUAGAGAGAACCGGGUGUUUCACUAUAGAAAGAUUGGAGAAAUUGGAAACAUUGUUUCCACCAGCAAGUGGUGCAGAAAUACUAACUAACCAUAUGAGAGCUGCAUGUGAAGAAAUCUUCAAGCAACACUUUGGGUUCAGUGAUGAGGAUUUAGACAAAUUGUUUGAGCUUUACUCCAAAAGACUUGUUGAUCCUCUCUCAAUCUUUACAAAAUCAGAAGACAAGUCUUUUCAAAUAUUUCUUGUUCUCAAACGCAAUAGCGUUAGUAUUGCACCGUAACGCAAAUAUUAUGGUUGUAUUCAUCUUUUAGCAGAGAAAUCCCUUCAUUUUA